AUGAACAAAGCUGAAACGUGGGACUUUUGUGCACCAGAAUACGAAACUCUUGCUGUACCAGUGACAGGUCCAUGCAUUACUAAAUUGCUCGAACAAGUUUCUAUUCUACCUGUCACGGUAUCUACUGCUCAAACCAUCAAAGCAAUUGAUAUUGCCGGUGGAGCAGGAUUUUUAAGUACAUUACUUGGCGAAGCGUAUUCUAAAGCAGGACUUCUCGAGAAAGUAACAAUUUUAUCAAGUGAUUUUUCACCGAAAAUGGUUGAAUUUACCGAGCGUUCUUUUGCUUCUCACAAUUGGCCCUCAUCUCAAUUCUACGCUCGUGUUCUUGAUGCUACGAAUCUUGUUGAUGUUUCAUCCAAUCAUUUUACGCACGCCUUCUGCACAUUUGGCCUUAUGAUGAUACCCGAUGCUUCGAAAGCUCUCAACGAAAUGCUUCGUGUUCUUCAACCAUCUGGAACAGUCGCGAUAACGACAUGGCAAAAAGUUGGUUGGGUACCUAUUGUGUCCGAAUGCAUUGCACGAGCAAAGAUGUCAUCGACUAAAGAAGAAAAUUCUGUUCCAAUUCUUCAAAGUGUACGUAACUGGGCCGAUGUAUCCUAUGUUCAAAAAGUACUUGAAGAUGCUGGUUUUGUCAAUGUACAAGUAAAUACUUUUGAGUCUCAUUGGUCAUUCGUGAAUCAUGAUGACUGCGUAAAAAAACUGACAGAAGGUCGUUGGAUCGCCCCAUUUCUUAAAGAAACCAACAUGACAGAUGUACAACGAGAUAAAUAUAACAAGGUAGUAUAUGACGUAUUACUAGACAUGGUUAACAAGCAACCCAAUGAACCUUUCGAUAUACCAAUGGUUGCUAUUCUUGCUUAUGGACAAAAACCGAAGGAUUGA